AUUUCUUCUCUCCCUAAUUGAUUAAAUUUUCAUGCUGAUUCCUCUCUGAAAAGCCUCUUUCAAUCUCCGUUUUCAAAGCUCUUUUAAUUCUCUAUUAUUGUUUAUAUUUAUAUUGUUUUCCGGCCAUGGGUGUUGCAGUUCUAAAACCAGAGGAUUGUUUAAAGCUACCGAAUCCCAUGAAACACCACAAAAAUCAUUUCCCGAACCCGAACCGUAGGAAUCGGGCACACUCAAACCGUAGGAAUCGGUCUCCGACCAUCUCCCCUACUCCUCCAUCUGCCGAUCCCAAAGUUCGGGCCAAAAAUCUCGUGAUGGGUCAAGUCAAGAUCCUCAAACGCGGCGAAGAACUAAAAAAACCGUCGACCCGGAAGUCCGUUAGGUUCGAAAAGGAAAACGUUGAUGUAGAUCUGGGGUCAACUAAUCUGUUAGGUCCAGAUCCGUGGUCGAUUCCGACCCAGACACGACUUACCGAAUCAAACAACAGAAACAACAAUAAGGUCAACCCAGUCACGUUUUAUGCUGGGUCUGCCUUCAUAACCUCGCCGCCUCCAAGCUCCGUUCCGAAGCCGGCGUUUUUCACUAAGAAGAUUGAGGUUUCUGUAAAGAACAGCGAUGCCACAAGUGACUUGAGGAGGAUGCUGAGGCUCGAUUUGUAGUUGUAGCUUUGCAUUAAUUCGUCAAGGUUCUUUGAUAUUCGGUCAUCCCUUAUUUUUUCAAGGGGAGAGAUCGAAAAAUGUUAGGUUUUAGCUUUUCCUACUGUUGUAAAGCUUAACUUGGUCUGGAUUUAGUUACUUUAUUUGCUUUAACA